AAACGAAGAAGAAGAAGAAGGAAAGGGGAGAAGAAGAAGACGACGCUGACGAAGAGAACACAUCCGUUUACAGUGGAGAUACAUAAUGUGACUCCAAGGAGGUUAUAAGGAUGUUUGAGACCCGCUGACGGACCUCACUGCUGCUCACAGCUACAUAGUUGUCAGUUGAAGCCAAAGGAGGAGGGGAUGCCACCUUUAGCUGGAGCCGAGUUGAUCCAGACACCAGUGCAGCUCUAUCGACAUCUCCUCAGAUGCUGCAGGCAGUUACCAUCCACAGCGAUGCAGCAACACUAUCGACACGCCAUACGACAGGGUUACAACAGUCACUCGGAUGAAGACGACCCGGAGAGGAUACGGAUGAUCGUCCAAAGAGCAAUAACAGAUGCUGACUGGAUUCUAGACAAAUAUACCAAGAAGAAGUGAGGUGCUCACAGCCGUGGACUCUCUCUCUCUCUGCUGUCGCUGUCUGUUCUCGACACAAUGUGGGUGAAACACAACGGAGAAGUAACAAGUAUAAAGCCACGGCUCAAUUCAGUCAAAUAUUAAGGUGUAAAUACUGUUCAGACUGAAAUGUGAUUAUCUACUGUAUCUAGUGUUUUUAAAUAAAGUAAUUAUCAAUA